UUUUGGAUCUUAUCUUAGUUUUGCAGUUGCGCUACACUUGAAAGAAAAGUAUGGACUAGAGCCGAUCCAUCUUUUUGUAUCAGGGGCACACGCUCCAAACUCUGAAGCAUUUCUUCCCAUCAAAAGCAUACCCAUAUUUGAUGCAGAUGAUGAAGACAUUCUUACACAUAUACAAAUUUUGGGAGGAACUCCUUCUGUGCUUCUCCAAAACGAAGACAUUAAGAAACACCUGAUACUUACUUUCAAAGAAGACCUUAGAGUUCUUCAGACAUUUUCUUUUGAGAAGGCAGAAAGGAGGAAGCCUUUCUCUUGUGACAUUACCUGCUUUAAUGGGUCUGAAGAUAAACCACAUGAUUUAGAAGCCUGGCAUGACCUAACAAGUGGAGAUAUUUCCUUUUACAAGCUUCCUGGAGGUCACUUUUAUCUGCUGGAACCCUCUAACGAAAUUUUCUUGACAAAACACAUAACAAGAUGUAUAGAAAAUGCUGGUGUAUGA